AUGCAGCUCAUCGCAGCCCGAACGGCAGGCGUGCGCUCCGCCAUUCGUGCGGCACGCCUCGUCCCAGCGUUGCGCACGUACGCUACACCUGCCACGUUUAAGGACGACGACGACCCCCAGCUCGCCGACUAUCCCCGCCUGCCGUAUAUCUCGAAACAGCGUCGCCCAGCGAGAGGAUGGGAAGACUGGCAGAUGCGUCGUAACUUUGGCGAGCCACUACAUGAACAAGAGGAAAUCCUCUCUAUGUGGGGUCCGGAUGCGCCCGUGGUUCCCCCAUCGACAGCAUUGCGCUGGUUCAUGACCGCCGUCGCUGGGUUCACUACAUUUGGCGUAAUCACCAAAUUCGCUUUAAUUCCCAGCCGCCCUUCUGUACCCCGAGAAUACCCAUACUCUGGGCUGGAGACUGAGCUUGGUGGACUGGAAGAGAACAAGGCGAGACCUGAAUCCGAAACUGAUGAGGAAUAGAGCUUCAAUGCCAUUGUACCGCAUUUAGCGUUUCUCCGUACAAUCCCGAGAGUUUACUG